AUGUCGUUCCUGAAGAAGAAGAGGAAGACGACGGAGAAGAAGCUGUCGCCUUCACCGCAGUCAACCCCAAAUCCGUCGCUUCCAGAUGAUUUGCUAUUGAGCUACUUCGCACGCGUCUCAAGGUUGUACUAUCCGACUCUCUCCCUCGUCUCCAAACGCUUUCAAUCUCUUCUUUCUUCAGUGGAGCUUUACAAAGCUCGGUCACACUUGGGCAAUACCGAUAUUUGUCUCUAUGUGUGCUUAGAAUUUUAUCCUUGUUCUCAAUGUCCCACAGUUCCACCUUCUCGUCCUACGUACGUUCCGGGUCUGGUGGCGGUUGGUUCUAAUAUUUACAGCAUUGAAAAGCUCUCUUCUUACGUCUCGAUUCUAGAUUGUAAGUCUCACACGUGGUCUGAGGCUCCAAGCUUGCCGGUAAAGCUAGUGUCACUCUCUGCUAGCGUCCUUGAUGGAAAGAUAUAUGUAGCAGGAUGUAGCUACAAAGACGACGAUUCGCCGGAUUCCUUUGAGAACACGUUGGAGGUGUUUGACACAAAAGCACAAACCUGGGAUCUUAAGACCAUCCCUUGCAAGAAGAGAGAAAGAAAUAUUUUUUACUUCAGAGAAAGCAAUAUUGUUUACUCUAGAAGUGCAUGUAUUGACGGAAAGUUCUACUUGAAGACUAGCACAGAAGCGGUUUCUUAUAGUUCCAAGGAAGAUAGAUGGGACUUGGUUGGAGAAGACAUGUGUGAUUCUAUGAUUAGUCAUUAUUACUGCGAGAUAGAGAAUGUUGUGUACUCUGCUUCUGACGGAAUAUUGAGAUGGUAUGACUCUGAGGCAGACAAGUGGGAACUUUUGAAGUGUUUGGAAGGACUACCUAAGUUCCCUCGUGGCUCUCGUAUAAGAUUGGCUGAUUAUGGUGGAAAGCUUGUGGUUUUGUGGGAAGGGGAUGUGUUUGAUUUGAGGCACAUUGGCGGCUAUAAGAAGAUUUGGUGUGCGGAGAUUGAGCUUGAAAGAUGGAAAAGACGUGAAAUUUGGGGGAAAGUUGUAUGGUUUGAUAUUGUGCUUACAAUCCCUAAAUCAUGUUAUCUCGCCAAGGUUCUUGCUGUUACUGUUUGA